AUGAAAAUCCAAAUACCGAAAGAUGAUAAUUUCAUAUUGAUGCUAGAUAAAAUUAGUGAAGAGGAAAAGUUUUUUAUUCAUGUUUUAUCUACAUGUGACAACAAGAAUUUAUUAGAUCACUUAUUCCCAUUCGUUGAUUGGGUAUGGUUGAAAUCCGAUUUAAUUGCGUGGGCCCCAGUACUAAAUAGGUUUGACGACUUACUUCAUAAAUAUAUUGUACAUAAUAAAUUAAAUAAGCAAGAAAAUAGUGUUAUUAAAGAGGAUGAUAAGAUUAAGUUAAAUGAAAAUGGGGUAAAAGACACUCAUUUAGGUGACCAUAAUAUUGGUCCUAUAAAUAAGGCAAACAAUUGUAGUGAUAUUUGUAGUGAUAUGCGUAGUAAUAACAAUUAUGAAGAAGGACGAAAUGAAUACUUCCCCCCUGUGAAUAGUAAUAAGAAAGAGGACCAGAGGGUAGAAAAAGAACAAAGUGAUGAUACAUUUAUACCGUCCGAUUUGCUUAUAGAAGAAGUGCUAAGGUUUACGUAUUACAUAUUAGAUAAUUGUUUAAGUAAAUCAAAGUAUAAUUCGUUAGAUCAUUUGCUAGUACUUUUAUGGAGUUUCAAUCCCAAGAUAUCAAUUUUGUCUGCUCAAAUAUUAAAUAUAUAUUAUUUAUUUAUAAAAAAAACGAAAAAAAAUGAGAAUAAAAUUAACGAAAUUGUGAAUUUUUUAUCAGCACUAAUUAAUAUACCAGUACCGAAUUUUCUUCAUCCAUAUAUUAAUAAUGACCUUGGUAGAAUAAAUGAUAAUAACUAUAUAUCAGGAAUAGUUCUAUAUUAUUUACAUGACCCAUUAGAUAAAAAAUAUAUGAAUAAUGUUUAUUAUAAAAUUGAGAAUAGAUACUUUUUAGAUUUAAUUGAUUACAAUUUAAAUGUAAAUAAAAUAGUUAUACAAAUUGAUGAUUACAAAAUACCUUUUACUUCAAUUUUUCCAAAAGAAGUUAAGUAUAAUGAAGCAAAAGAAGUACUUCAAUAUGCAUAUGAUACAGUUGUUAGGAAAUAUAAUAUCUGUGAAAAGAAAGCAUAUGAUUUAAGACAUAAAUUAAGAAUAUAUAUGGGAUUAUUAUGCCCAAAAUAUAGAAGAAAAUUGUUUAAUUUAAGGUAUUUAAUUAUAUCCGGUUCUUUGUCAAUUAAUUCUAUAUUAUAUCCUCAGAUUAUACCUAGUAAUACAAUAUUUUUACAAGAGCUAUUGUACUUUUUAAAGUACCAUAAAUACAUUCAUUAUAAUACUUUACAUAUUAUUUUCGAUUUAUUAACCACAGCAAUAGAAUCACAUUUGCAUUAUAAAGUCGUUUCAGAUAUUUUGGGUUUGCGUUUGCAUAGUGGCUUAUUUAUUAGUAUUUUUAAAUAUUACUUAAAUUAUUUUUUGUCACCUAAUACUAUACAAAAGGAUAUAUGUCCCUUAUACAUAAUGAAUGAAUGCAAGGACGAGAUGUAUAGCACCAAUGAUAUUAACUCAAUUUAUAUAAGAAAACAUGGAAGUCAAAGGAAUGGUAUUUCAUACGCUCCUAGUGGAAGCCACAGUAAGAACAUUGUAAUUGCUCCCAUUGAUAAUGUUAGCUGUAAUAAUAGCAACAGUAGUAACGAUAAUAAUAGUGCGAAUAAUACUAAUUUCGCCCGAGGCAAUAUAUACAGCUCAGUAAGUGAACUCUUACCAAAUGUAAGCAAUGCGAGUUCGAACCCAAAUAAUUUUUCUUAUAUGUCACAAGGACAAAGUAAUAAUAGACCGAGAAACAUCUCACGAUUACAGCGGUGGGAACGAUUGCAGCAGCAGUGGGAACAUCAACAACAACAGUGGGAACAGCAGCAGCAGCAGUGGGAACAGCAUCUACAACGGUGGGAACAGCUUCGACAUCAGUGGGAACAGCAGCAACAGCAGCAACAGCAACAACAGAUGAAUCUCUCUGUUUUAGCGACCCACGAUCCAAAUGAUACAACCUCCAGUAAUUUAAGGCCAUUACAAAAUAUCGAAAGUAAUCAAAUAUCUACCGUACAUUGUACAAGCGGUGCACAAACAGCAGUUUUAUCUGGUGAUAAUUAUGGCCAAAUAGGAAAUGAUGUCACCCAUGGAAUUAGUGUUGAACAACCUGGAGGUGAAAAAACGAAUAAUGAUAAUGUAGAUAUAGCAGCAAAUAGUGAUGAGAAUCAUCUGAACAUCCAGGAUCGCCCAAAUAGCGUCAUUGAAAAUAGUAGUGGUUAUAUAUUAAGAGACUCCUUGGGUACUAAUAAUUCCACCAAUAUUAUGAGUUAUAUCAAUUAUGUGGAUGCUGCAAAUCAUAGUAAUCAUGAUAAUCGUACCAUUAUGAACAAUCCGAACGGCGGCACAAGUGAGAACUUGGUAGCAGUACGGAAUAACAACAGAUCAAAUGAUGUUAAUGCAAAUGUAGGUGAAAAUAUGAACAUUUUUGAUUAUAUUAACAACAGAAAUAAUGUAAACCAUGAAGGAAAUAUAAGCAUUUUGGACUACAUAAAUAACACGGAGGAUAUUCAUAUUAGUAGUAACACAGAUAGUAGAGUAAAUAACAACCAGCAGAAUGAAAGUAAUAGAUAUAAAGAAGAAAUACAAUAUGGAAAUUUUAUAAGUGAAGAAGUUAUAAUAAAUAACAUUAAAAAAUGUAAAUUAAGUGGUGAAAGUGAAUUUACAAAUAUUACUAAAAAAUAUUUUAAAGAUUUUAGGAAAAAAAAAAAACAAGUAUCUAUGAUGCAGCAAUUAUUAACCUUAUAUCAUAUAUGUAUAAUGGAACCAUGUCCUAUUUUAACCAUAGCUCAACAAAAUACAUUAAAAAAUUUCCCCAUAUAUUUAUUAGACAGUUAUACGCUUAACUUACCUAUAGUUCAUAUGUUAUUAAGAAUAAUGGAAACACUACUAGAUUUUACGCCAAAUUUUUAUUUUACUGCAAAAAAUGAAGAGGAAUUAUAUAAAAUAUUACUGUCCCGUUUUCAAUAUGAAAUAUUUAUGAUGUCAGAUAGUUUUUAUCAUAUGAAAAGAGAUGAUUUUUUAAAGUACUACUUUGAACCAUUUAAUUAUGAUGAAUAUGACAAAACUUUUAUUGAAAGUAAGGAGGAUAUGGAGCUAUAUAUACGUAAUAGGAAGAAUGCAAACAAUACACGAUUUGGUAAUUUGCAUGGUGGAAACAAAAAUAAUAACACAGAGUUAGACACACAUGGUGAUGAUGAUAAUAUUCAUAGAAACUCUGCAAAAGGGAUACAUAUCAAAAAUAGUGCCCUCAAUAAUACUUCAGAUUGUCUUACUGGCGAUGUACAGAGAUGUAAUAAUGACAAUAAUAAUGAUCAUAAUAUUAACCAUAAUAAUGAGUAUAAUAAUAAUAGUGUGCAGAGUAAAAUAACAGUAGCUAAUGUCAAGCUUGUAGAUACAACAUCACAAGUAUAUAAUGAGAAUAGCAUAUUUUCACAUCAUAACGAGAGGCUUAUAAAACUUUUUGCCGAAAAUAAUAUCAACGUUAACGCGACUGAUGAUAUUUUACUUAACAGAUUUACCUUUUGGUUGAAGUUAUAUAUAUAUGAAGAGAGAGUAAAAAUAAUAAAGAUGAUAAUAAAGGCUCUAAACUUAGCUUUGAAAGGACAUUCGCCAACAGAUACAUUACUUGAUAUAUUUACAAAUAAUUAUAUUUCUGUUAAAAUAAUUAAAUAUAUUUUAAAAUAUCCACAUAAAUUUGGUUUAUGUUUAUAUGGAUAUAUAUUAGGGUUUAUAUAUGAACAUAUUUAUGAAGAUCCAACCAUUUUAUCUACUUUAUUAAAAGAAGGAAUAUUAAAUAUUAUGUUGAACAGUAUAGUAGAAGAGAAUUUGAAAGAUGAAACUGUAUUAAUAUAUGUACCCUCCUUAUUAUCCCUAAUGUUUAUUCAUAGCAUUGGAAAAUCAGCUAUGAAAAAGUUAAAUUACACACCAAUAUAUAAUCUUUUCCAUUUUGUAAUCAAGACAGAUUAUUUUUUUUUUGAUCGAUUUGGGGAUAUUGCUGUUUCGAUUGGUAAUAUUAUUAACGAGUUAGAAAAUUAUGGUUUUGUUAUGAAAGACUUUUUAACAUUUCAUGUAAAGCUUUUAAAAAAAUUAUAUAUCGAGGGUUUAAAUUUAGGCUAUUGGAAAUGUAUAGAUUAUAAUUAUAUUGAAAAAUAUGUAGAGUCAUGUGUUAAAAAAUCGCAAGAUGUACAAUUAAAAGAUUUAAAUAUUGACAGAUACAAAUAUAGAAAAGAUAAUUUUUUUCUAGAUAGGUUAUCUAUUGUUUGUAGAUGUAUUUUGUCCUAUAUGAAAAGUUCGUGGAUUAAAACUUUUAUAAAAUUGAAUGGUUUGAAAUUUUUAAUGGCAUUUACUAAUUUAAUAAGCUUACCACCGAAUUUUAUUCAUAUCUUUGAGUAUCAUCCUAUUUACACCUUUAUUAUGAAAAUUUAUCUUUAUUCCUCCUUUAAGAAUAUUUACAAUCAAUUCCUGUUCCCCCUUUAUAAUUACAGCAAUUUUGUUUUAUACAUACAGUAUUUGAAUUUACUGUUGAAAAAUAGCCUUUAUUUCGAUCUCAGCGAAAAUAUAGUUGUGGCUAAGAAGUCAGUAAUUGGGGGAGGGAAAGAUAAUACUACUGUGAGUAGCGGCGGUGAUGAUGCGAGUAGCAGUAGUAACAUUGCCAUGAGGAAGUUUAAAAAUGCAAGUAGAAACGGUAACAUAGCUAGCCGAAACGGUAACAACCAUAGCAAUAAGUAUUUAAGGACGGAUUUUUUUUGCGGUCCGUUUAUAGAUCGCAAUAAACUACUGUUGUGUAACAUUACGCAGUUAUUUAACAUUUUAUAUUUUUUAAUUUCUGCAUAUACGGAUGCAAAAGGAUUAUACGGAAAUGAAGAGAAAAUGUAUGAUUCACCAGAGUUAUCAAAUAGGAAAAUUUUAGAAGUCUUUUCAGACGUUCUUGUAACUAUUGAAAGUGUUUUUGAUUUCUUUUAUACUCUUUAUUUUUAUCAAACGAAUGACUUAAAUUUGAAUAUCUUUUUACAUUUAAAAGACAAAGUAUGUAUACAUGAACAUAUAAAAAAAACCCUAAGAAAUAGUCAAAACAAGUCGGAUUAUUUGUUAUAUAAUUUAUAUGGAUCUACAAGAUCCUUAUUUUGCUAUUCAGUUAAUAACAAUUUAUAUGAAUUAAACAAUACAGAAAAUAAAGUACAUAUCAUAUGUGAUCAAGACAAUGCAGAUGAUUACAAAUUUACUGAUCAUCUUAGUCUUCUGGAUGAUGAGGAUAGGGUUUAUAAAGCUGUAUAUAAAUAUACGCUCUCACAAGUUAUAUCAGAAUUUUCUUCCUUUAUUCAUAAGAAUAUGAAAAACCCCUCAGAUAUAAUUGCUUUUAAGAAAAAAGAAAAAUCAAAAUUUAAAAAAUAUUUUUCAAGUUUGGAAAACUCAUUCGAGAAAUAUGACACCAACAAAGAUGUUAGUAGUAGUGCUCCAAGUGAUGCAGAUAAUAAUUAUGGUCAAAUGUAUAAUGAUUUGUUUGAACAAAAUAUUCCAGUAAGUAUUGAAACAAAUAAAAAUAAUACUACUACAAUAUAUUCGAGUAACAAUAAUGAAUUAAAUAGAAACACAAUCAGUAGUAAUGACAACAGUACCUUGCCUGCUGAAACUAUUAUGACAAUGUAUGCCAAGUAUAAUAAUGAUAAUAAUAUGAAUGAUAGUAAUGGUACUGGUGAUGGUACUGGCAAUGGCACUGCUAACCGUGAAGGAGAACACGGCAAAAGAAGCCAUCUCGAUAAUGACAAAUCGAAGAAGGUAAAAACACCAAAAUUCGAGUAUAAUGAUUAUUAUAUUGAAGAUAAAGACAUUAAAAUGCACACAAGUUAUCCAUACGAAUCGAAGUAUGUCAUGUGCGAAAGUUUACGAUCAUUAUUAGUAGUUAUUAAGAAAUUUUUUAUUAUGGUUAACUUAGCCUGUCAUACAAGGCAAUUAAAAUUGAAGUCAAGUCCAAAUUAUGUUUUUUACAAUGUUAUACAGCAGAAGCAUAUACUGUGCAUUAUUAGGUGCUUGACAAAAUGCAUGAUGAAUGUACCAUUAGUUACGAAGCCUAUUCAGGAAAAUUCAUACAUGACCAUGGAUGUGAGUAGUAUUUAUACUGUACUUUAUGAUUAUGUGACGGUGGAAAAAAUUAAUUAUUUGAAUAAGGAAAACGAAAAAAGGGUAAAAUAUAGUACUACAACUACUAGCGACAAUAAUAACAGUGGUACGGGAAACACUAACAUCGGUAAUGACUGUAGCAGUUAUGCAGUGAAGAAUCCUCUUAAAAAUGCGGCAAAAAAAAUAUACAAGGCAUCCCCAAGUAGUGUGGAACCGAAUAGCUUAAAACAGAAUUGCACUGCGUAUGAACAUAUGUUUGAGGGAAAUCAACAGAAGGUAGCGUGCAGUGGUAACAAUAACAAUAAUAAUCACAGUAAUAGUAACUACAACAGUAAUAGUAACUACAACAGUAAUAGUAACUACAACAGUAAUAGUAACUGCAAUAGUAAUAGUAACUGCAAUAGUAAUAGUAACUGUAACAAUCAGUGCUAUCCCAUGAACAGUAAUAUGGAAUACAAAAAGUGCGACCAAAAUUACAACCUCUAUGAUUAUUCUUACACAUCUCAUAUGAAUUAUCAUGUUGAGAAAAUCGACAAUUAUUUCCCAGAAAGUUUCUAUAUGGAAGAGAUACUAUUUAAAAAGUACAAUUUUAAUUUUUCGAAUAUCAAGGUGGUUCCAAAUAAAGACUUGUCGAAUGAUCAGAUGGAAAACAAGGAGCAUAAUGUAACUACAACCAUGAGCAGGGGCACGAAUGAAGAUGCAUAUACCAAUGCCUAUGAGAAGGGGGUGUACAGUUUCAACAAUGUGGAUGACAAUAAUAUAGUUGAUAGUAGUGUGGAUGGUAACAUUGUGGGUAAUAGCAGAUUGUGUCGUAACGAUGAACGACGCGUAGGCAACAAUAUUGACUUGAGUAAAUAUAAUAAAACAUACAUAUGCACGAAUAUUAGAAGUGCAAAUGGCUUAAUACAGGUGACGGAUAGGACAAAUAAUUACAACGAAUUAAACGGAGCAAAUAGCGGAUACAAAACCGAAAAGUUGAAUAACAGAAGAAGGGAUAAUAAUAAUAAGGAUGCAAGGGAUGGGCAGAACGAAAAGAGGCAAGAUAAGGACUUCGAGAAGGACGAACAGAAUGAUCUUAACAAUAUGUUAUGUGAAGAUAAACUGAAACAAGUUUUAGUAAAUAUAGAAAAUUAUUCCCCUAUAAAAACAGUGAAAUAUAUUUCCGAAAUAAUAAACAUAUUACAUAAAUUACUUUCAGAUAAUAAAUUAGAAUUCAUUAGCUAUUUUUAUUUCUUAGAUUUAUUAUACAAAGUAGGUACAUUUGAUUUUAUAUUCAAUAUGUUUAAUUAUGUUAUGAGUGUAUAUAUAUCCCUCUUAGCAUUAUAUUAUAAAAAAAAGAAGGAAAAUAAGCAAAACGUGAACUCGAAAUUUACGUACUAUAUUCCUAUACAUAUAAGUAAAAAUUAUACAUGCACCAAUACCUAUUUUGUUCGAUAUAUAAUGAGGUUAAUGCAAUAUUAUGCAGACUCAGAUGUAAAUAAUAUCAAAACCUAUUUACAAAUUACAGUUAAAGGAAUUAAUGCUUUCUUAGAUUUUUUCAUUAGUCUUAUAAAUAUAGGAAAAUUUAAUUUGAUAUUAUUUUGUCAAAAAAUGCUGCAUCCCCUUACCAGGAUUAACAACAAUUUUGAAGGUGGUCAAUCACAAGAAAAACCAAACACUGACUCCAAGGGGGAGCAAGUUACUAAUAACACUACAACUGUUGCUGCCACUGAUGUAAAUAGUAGUGCGAAUAAUGCAGAUACUCAAGGAGGGAACGUAAACCAUGCUUCGGGGGAUAGUGCUGAAAAUCCUAAGGAGGCAUCUGCUCAUAAAAUAAACCAUUCAGAGGAGGAGAGAAUAAAAUGCGCAUCAUACACGAAUGGAUCCUGUGAACAAUUAGAACAGAACAAAAAUGCCAAUGGUGUUAAUAUUUUGCAAGUUGGAAAUAACGAGGUCAACAUUAACGCUAACGUGAACACUAAUGCUAAUGUUAACCUUAACGGUAAUAUGAAUAACGUGCGUCAUAAUGACGUAGCAAAGAACGAACUGGGCAGUUGCCCCCUUAAGGAAAAUAAUAGCGGUAGAAAUAGUAAUAGCAACUGUAACAAUAGUAAUAGUGGUGAUAUUAAAGGGGAAAACGGUUCACAGAUCGCGAAUAAUUAUUAUGUACAAAAUGGCGUAAGUAAAAACAUGCCACAGAGUGAUAAAUGCGACUACAAGUGUUAUAAGGAAAAGAAUGAAGAAAAGAAAAGGGGAAAGAUAAGGAAUACAUUUACCUAUAAUAAUAAUUUUUUAUUUUCACUUGACUACUUUGACAUAAUUAAUACCAUAAGAUCAGUGAAAUGUGAAAUAUCGAAUAACAUCUUCAUGUGGUUAACAUAUAUUAACAGCACAAGUGUAAAAAUUAACAAUCUAGGUAAAAAUAAUAUAUAUAUUAAUUUUAACAAUAAUAUAAUAUAUACCUUUUUAAAAAUAAUUUUAAAAUUUAUUCAUCAUUCGACGGAAAUAGAACCGAAAAUAAUCGAAUUAUGGAUGAAAGAGAAAAAUACAGAUAAAAAAAAUGUAAGCAGUAAGGAAAAGGAUAAAGAUAUAUAUAAUUACCCUAAUGUAAAUAUAUUAGAAGAAUGGGCAGUAAUGGGUUUUGAUGAAAAAACUAUAUAUGACUGCUUAAAUUAUUCUGGAACAACAGACUUAGAUUGUACAUUAAAUUAUUUGGAUAAAGUAAAGGGAAAAGAAUUCUUUUUAAAUUAUAAUAAAGACAGAAAAUCGGGUGGUCAGAAAAAUAAAGAUGGUAAAAGGUCGACCUACUACGAAUUUGAUGAUAAUAGCAGUGAUGAAAAUUCGACCAUCAGCAGAAGAAGGGCAUAUGACGAAAUGAGGACGAGCGAAAACUUAAGUGAAACUGUCAAUGAAAACUUCAUCGAUGAAAAUGCUACCAAUGAUGCUGUGGGAAAUACCAGUGAGGGUAAGUCUUCGGAAGGAGGUACAGGAGGAGAAAACAAUGUACAUGAUGAUAGCAACGUCAUUGUCAAUGCAAAUGUUAGCGGUAAUGCUAGUGCAAACGUUAAUACAAUCAUCAGUGGAAACGCCAAUGCAAGCGUCAAUAUUGGAAAUAAAAAAUGCAACGAUAGGGAAGAUAUAUUUUACAAGGACGAUAAGUACGUGCUGGAGAAAUUUCCCUUUAUGUAUGAAAUUUUGAAGGAAGCAAAGGCCAAAUCGACACACGCAAGAAUUUAUUACUAUGAAACAAUAAUGAAUCCGAGCAGUAAGAGGAAUAUGAUUUUUUACUUGCAGUACUAUUUAAAACUAUUAAAAAAAAAUUUAUUUCGUACGUAUGAAGAAAAAAAUACUAUGAAAGAAUUUUGGAAUGAAGACAAAUAUUUACUCUUAAAGCAGUAUAUUUAUAAAUAUAUUUUUAACAUGCUUAUAAACAUUAUGAUAACCAUUCCAUAUAACGAAGUAUCUUUUAUGAAUUUAUACCUAAGCUUUCUCAUCAUUGAUAUUGACAAGAAGACGGUAAAACUGUUUUUAGAUCAAUAUAAAAAAACAAUACAUGACAAAAAUAGUAAUAAGAGUAGAAUAUUUAAUCAUCAAGAUGUGAAAAUUAUUAUUUUAUAUUAUUUUAUAGAAAAUAUUUCAAAAAAAAUUAAAACAUUAAAGAAUGAUGAAUCAUUUCCUAUCGAUCCUUUUUAUCAUUGCCAUCAUUUGUUUAUGUAUUUUAAUAAAAAAAAAAAUAAAAAUGUUAAAAACAACGAGGAUAAUAAUAAUGCUAAACAAGAUAAAAAGGACACAAAAAAUUUAAAUAAAAAUAAAGGGUCAGAAAACAGAAAUAUAGAAAGUACUCUCAUUAACAAUAAUAAUCGUAUUACAUCUUCAAAUAAUAGAUCACUCGGUAUUAACAACUCAGCGGCUGUUAAUAUAGCUUCAUCCCCUGGACAUAAUAUUAUCAGCAAUGGAAGUGUUAAUGCUAGUACUAGAGCAACCCAUAAUGAGUUGAACACUGCAAUGGUUACUGUUCCAAGUAUUGCACUGAACGGCAUGGUGAACAGCGUGACAAAUGGUAUAACUAACAGCUUACCAAACAGUGUAGCUAACAGCGCAAUGAAUAACACAACAAAUAAUGCGGAAAGAAAUCCAACAAGCAGUAGAAGCAGUAACAGAACGAGCAAUAUGAAUAAUAGCAGUAAUAAUCAAAGCAGAGGAAAUAACCUAAUAAAUGAUUUGUUAGGUGACUACCAGUUAAACAACUAUGAUACGAGUAAUCACAGUGAUGAUAACACGACAGCGUUUUGUCAAGGUAGUGAUACCAUUGAUGAAAAAAAUUCGAUUAAAAAUAAUAAAGUACAUAAAGAGAAAGGUAACAAUCCCGGAAUAGACAACGAAUCAAAUGAACCCAUAGAUUCUACUUUUGGAACAAAGUAUAUUAAAGGAGACAUAGAUGUAAUAUAUGAAUCACAAAAAGAUAUGGAAAUAUAUUCAUACCAUUUUUGCUUGUAUAUGUUAUUUUUUACAUUAUAUAACAUUAUUCACAACUAUAGCAUAGCCAAAAAUUUAAUUCUUCAUAUAGAUAGAAACAUACUAGAUUAUUGUAUCUUUUUUAUACAAAAAUUUAAUAUCUCCUAUGUAAAAAAUAUAGAAAAUAAUGUUAAUUAUUUCUUAAAUGAAGAAAACAAAAAUAAUACACUAGUAGAUUCAUGCCAAAAAUAUAAUCAUGAAGAGUUAGUAGUAAAUGUGAUUCCACCAAAUUGCAGUAGUAGCAGCGUUGAAAUCUGUGCUAAUGAUAAUAGUGAUAAUAUGGACUCUUUAAAAAAAAUGCAGGAAAAAUAUAAAAGGAAAAGAAAAUACAACAAAAUAAUCGCAGCAAAUAAAGCAAAUACAGGCAAUAACGAAGAAGGUACUUGUCACAUAAAUUUUGAAAAUUGUGAAAAUUUGCACAGUAGUAAUAACAUAGGAAUGGGAGAAGUUAAUAAUGGGCAAAAUUAUGGGAAAAACAUUGAUCAAAUUAGUGAGCAAAUUAAUCAGCAAAAUGAUGGUUGUUUUCCCCAUAAACUAGUAUGUUCAAACGAUGUGACAAAAAAUAUGUAUGAUCCGAAUUGUAGAAAUAUUCAAAUGAACAACUUAAACAACGACUGUAAUGGAGCAAAUCAGAUGAACAUUAAUGGGUUCGGUCAUCCUGUUAUGGGAAGCCUUAAUAAUAGCAACAUAGAAAAUAUCACAUUACAAACAAAACAUGACUGUGCUACAAAUAAUGAAAAUAAAAAGGAAGAGAUAAAUAUUAUGUACAACAAAGGUUUAGUUAUAAAUAAAAAUAUUAAAACGAACAAUAUGCUAAUACCUUAUUGGAAUUUAAUAGAUGUAGAUAACUCAGAAUACAAUCAAAAAACGGCCAUCAAUAAUUGCAUGCUAGAAAACGAAGAAAAUAAAUAUAUUUCUUUGUAUUCCAAACCACCCUGUUUUUAUGCUCCACUAUUUAUGUGUUUGUAUAAAAUUAUUAUUAAUUACUCUUUGUAUAAUUUUAAUGAUAGAAAUAAAAAAAUAGUGAAGAAGCAAAAGGAGGAAAAAUUGAAUGAGGACAAAAAUGGGGUAGGCAUCAUGACCAUGGGGAGCUCCUCCAAAAUGGAAAAAAAUGGCACCUUGGUCAGAAGUGUGCAUAAUAGUAACAGCGGAAGUAAUAAUAAUAAUUAUACUAAUAAUAAUUAUAAUUAUAAUAGCUGCACUAAUAAUAAUAAUAAUCACUUCAGUAAUAAUAAUAACUGCAGUAAUAAUAAUAACUGCAGUAAUAAUAAUAACUGCAACAAUAACAGUAGCAAUAAUUUAUCGGAAAGGGGUUUCUACAACUCCAAUGAAAAGAGGAACAUAAAUAAUUCUGCAGCAAAUCAUAAUGCAUCCUUACAAACGAGCAAGGAGAACAUAAGGUUUAUAUCAACAGAGAAGCAGCACAAUAUAAUAAAAAUAUGCAUUGACACGUUGUACUUUUUUAAAGGAUACAAUUCUCAGUUAUGCUUAAGCGUUUUGCAAAUUAUAGAGUAUUUGACAACUAUGUAUAAUAAUGUAAUUUUUUUAAUAUCCUAUUCACCACCAAAUGUUUAUAAAAAUUUUAAAAAAGUAUUUCAAAUAGAAGAAAAGAAGAGACGUAAUUUGUUGUAUGGCAAAAAUGGUGAUCAAACAAACAGCGUCGAAAAUGUACCAGAUAAAACCUUAGGAAAAGAAAACACACUACGGGAUAAAAAUUUUAGUACUUAUAACAUAUCAGGAGAAUUGGAUAGUAAUCCUGAUGAAAGUGAAAAUGAAAAAAUUAGUACACAUGACACAAGUAGUCGUAAUAAUAAUAACGGGAAGAAUAACAUUUAUAGCAUUGAUGAAAAUGUGAGUGAUGCAAAUAUCAUACCAAAUUUGCCUUGUACAGAUGAAAUGAGCAAAGGAGAAAAUUCGCAAGAUCCAAAAUUAUCAUAUUUUGACUUGAAUGAAUUAAUAUUAAAUAAUAUGAGUAGAAAUAGCUUAGGUAUACUUUUAACCAUAUCAAAACAAGGAAAAUUUAAGGAUAUGCUAAUAAUACUUAUAAACAUAUUAAUUCAAUGUUUCACAGAUAAUUAUGUUAUUGCAAACAGAAUAGAAUACAACUUAAAAUCUUAUUUCUUAUAUAAUGGUAUACCAGUAAAAUGCUUUAUGCGAAAGGAUGAUUUAAAAGCUAUAGAAAAUGAAAAAAUUUCAAACGCCUUAGGGGUCUCUUUGAAUGAAUUAAAUGAAGCAUUAUAUCCUUUUAUUUUUAAAAAUCCACAAAUGUAUGAAGAAAUAUUAAGUUAUUUGUGCUUUUUUCCAAAUUUAAAAUAUGUAAAAAAAAAUGACACCACCAAUGAACUUGAUAGCUUGAACACAUUUUCUUAUACGCUAAACACUCAGAAGAAUUCGGACGACAUCAGUUCAAAAAUUAAGUAUAAUAUCCCAGAUGCAUCAAAUUGCACUGAUGAACAAAAUGGUGAGAACCAAGCCACUGUUAGCUUAGGCAAUUUUAGCGUGAAUAAUGGUGAAAUUUUAAGAAGUGUUAAAAUGGAAAAUUGGAAAAAGGGUAAAGGAGGUGAGAAUGACGACAGCAGGGGAGGCAGUAAUAGUAGCAGCAAUAAUAAUGAUAGUGGUAAUAGUAUAAUCAAUUGUAAUAACAUAAGCAGUGGUAACAGCUUUUUCCCCGUGAUUAAAACGGUGAGUGAAGGAGCAAACGCAAACAAUGAUACAAGUGAGAAUCCAAAUGAAGAUUUUUUUCACGUGAACAAGAAAAAAGUAAAAUACGUGAGGGAUGAAAACGCAAAUGAAAACUGUAACAGCAGGGGUGAUGACAACAAUAACAAUAGCAGUAGCAACAUCAAUAACAAUAGCAGUAGCAACAUCAAUAACAAUAGCAGUAGCAACAUCAAUAACAAUAUCAGUAGCAACAGAAAUAACAACAACAGUAGCGAGCAAAAUAAGUAUUAUGUGAAUUUUUUGCCAAUACCUGAGCACAUAAAAUCCAUUUACAUGCUAUCCGAAACAGCCAAUAGCACAAAAUAUUUAAAAAAAUAUUUCAUUAAGAACAAUUUUUAUAAUUUCUACAUUUUAGCUACUCUAAUUGAUUUUUUGAAUUUAUUUACUGUUAUUCAUAGUAAGACCAGAUUAAUUAAAUUAAAUGAAAAGGAUGAAAAAUUAAAAUUUAACAAAAAAUUAAUGGAAAUAUAUGGAAAUGAUGCAGAUUUUGAUAACGAUUUAGAAUACAAAGUUAUGUAUCCAUUUGCUUUGACAGCUGACAACUUACUUUUUAUUGUUAACUUAAUUUUAAAAACAUUUAAGCAUUUAAUUGUUUAUUUAAUUAAAGUCCCUUCAUCUUUUAAUCAAAAAAUUUUGAAAAAUUUUUUCCAAAAGGAUUAUGAUGAUUUGUCCAAUCAUAAGGGGGAUAUGAUGUUAUAUUGUAUCGAUAACUUUAGCUCGUAUAACAAUGUAGAUACUGUUAGUAGCAUUAAUAGAGAAAGUAAGUUAAACAUUUCUUCAUGUUCUAUGCACAGUAUUUCUGGUAGAGGUAAAAGCACUUCAGAUGUGCUUCUUAAUAAUAGCGUGCUCCCGGCAAGCAACGGUAAUAAUAGUAGCAAUAAUGGCAAUAACGGCAAUAACUGCAAUAGUGGUAACGGUAAUGGUGAAAACUUAAACGUUUUUGUACAAAAGGAUGCCAUUGAAAAUACAACGACCAGUAUCAUAAAUUACACCAGGGGAGCAACUGCACAUGCAGUUGGAGCAUCAACUAGGACGGACGCUUCAUCAGCAGUGGUGAGCCAGCAAAAUGUGGAUAUGUCAAAUAUCAUUCAAAAAUUAAUACGAACUGAAUCAUCGAGUACAUACACGUACAGAGAAAUUUCGGAGUACUAUUUACAAAACUAUAUGCAUUUUUAUUCUCUUUUUGAUGUGUCAAAAUUUACAUUUAGAAGUUGCUUAAUCCCAUUCCUAUUUGAUAAGACUCAUAUAUCAGAAACCCAGAAUAACAUUGAUUUUAUAAAUUAUAUUUCUAAUGUUAAUAAUUCAAAUAAUGUUGUUUUUACUCCAUUCUUAAUAUUUUUAUUUAAGCGAAUUUUACCACAAUUCAUUUGUUUAAGUCAUCCAACAAUUUAUAGUAUCUAUUCUUUAAAUGGUUUUCAAAAAAAUUUUAAAAAUAUGGAGGAGUAUUACACUUCUUUAAGUAAUAUUGAAUCGAAGAAUUUGACAUAUAUAAAACAUAUACUUAAUUUUAUUCAACUUAUUUUUGACAUUCACAAUUCUAGCUAUGAUGUACAUAAAAAAGUCGUUUUAGAAAUUAUGCACUUAAUAAGAGUAUACUCCUUUUUUCAAAAAAAAAAAGAAUCCGCUCAUAAAAAUAUACACAGUAAUUCAGUUAAUUCGGACAAUGUCUUCUCAACCGUCAUAGACGUUUUCUCAUAUGCUGUAAGUACCCUACUAUAUAAACUAGUUAAUGAAGAACAAAAUAUAAAAGUUGAGAAAAGUGCUACUUUUGAAGAGAUACAGUUAUUAAAUACGACCAAACAUGCUUCUAAGGCACUUGAUCAUAAUAGAAAAGGAAAUAAAAAAGGCAAAGAGGAUAAUUUUGAAGAACAUAACAGGAAUGCUAAUAGUAGUAAUAGUCCCAAUGAUGACAGCGAUGGAAACAAUUACGGCGGAGUGGGUGGUGGGAACAGCGGUGGGAAUAGCAAUGGGAAUAACAGUGGGAACAGCGGUGGGAACAGCGGUAGGAACAGCGGUGGGAACAGCGGUGGGAAUAGCAAUGGGAACAGCGGUGGGAACAGCGGUGGGAAUAGCGGUGGGAAUAGCGGAGGAAAUAUAGGGGGAAACGACAAUGAAGACGACGGAAAAGGAGAGAAGGAUGAUGGAAACAAAACGUUCUCGUACAGCAGGGAACAGUUAACGCUGUUUCGUCAUGCUUUGUGUAAUUUAUUAAAUAGAUUAGAUUACACGAAGGAAGAUUUCGUUAACACUGCGACGUCCAUUAUUCGAUGUUUGUCUGUAUUAACAUCAGCACCAGUUUUGGGAUAUCCUAUAAAAACAAAAAACAAUAAAUUAUAUAUGAUAAAAUUGAACAAAAUGAAUAAAAAAAAAAAUAAAAAUAUAAAAAAAAUAAAAAGAAAUAAGAGGAGGAAAAAUAUAUCAUGUGUUACUUUUUUAAAUCCAUCCUAUGUUCGUUUUAGAUCUGAUUCGAGUAAUAACAAUUCUGACUGUUCAGAUAUUCCUUAUUCAGUUGAUUCGGAUGUAUCUUAUGAGGAACAUUUUAUCUUUGACAAUGAUGAUAGUAAUGAUGAUGAUAUUCGUUAUGAAUACGAGGAAGAGAUGGAUGAUGAUUAUAUGGAUGAAGAAGAGGACGAAGGGGUAGAGGAAGGAGAGGACGACGAAGACGAAGGGGAAGAUGAAGAUGAAGAAGAUGAAGAUGAUGAUGGAGACGAUGAUGAAGAGGAUGAAGAAGAGGAAGAGGAAGAAGAUGAGGACGACGAUGAUGAUGACGCGGAGAAUGAAAAUGAAAAUGAACUUUCGAAUGAGACAAAUAACAAUGAACAGCAAAGGGAUAAUCAGAAUAAUGGUACAAAUAAUAAUAGCAACAGUAACGGUAUCAGUAAUAGCAAUAAUAAUAUUAUUAGUAGUAAUAAUAAUAGUAGUAAUGGUAAUAAUAAUAGGAGUAAUGGUAAUAAUAAUAGUAGUAAUGGUAAUAAUAAUAGUAGUAAUGGUAAUAAUAAUAGUAGUAAUGGUAAUAAUAAUAAUGAGCUGGAAGGAGAAAUAAGACCCGGUAAUAAUAACGGAAGCACAUUUGUUGAAGGGGGAAAUGGAAUAGCAACACGUUACCCUGAUGAAGGAGCAGGAAGAGGAGUAGAAGAAGGAGAAGGAGAAAGAGAAGGGGAAGCCGAUAUGGACGAUGAGGGAGAAGACGAAAUGGAAGAAGAUGAUGAUGAAGAAGACGAAGUGGACGAAGAUGAUGAAGAUGAGGACGAAAUGGAUGAAGAUGAUGAAGACGAAGAUGACAUGGAUGAAGAUGAAGAAGAUGAUGAAGAAAUGGACGAAGAUGAUGAAGCUAUGGAUGAAGAAGAGUAUGACGAAAUUGAUAUAGAAGAUGAGAGCGGAAGAGAUAGAAAUGUAAAUGAACUUGAAAAUAGUAGAGGUUUACAUGUACAUGCAUAUUUAGUACAAGAUAGGAAUGUUAUUGAUGAAGAUCAAAUAUAUGAUAAUUCAAAUAAUUUAUUAUUACCCCAUGAAGUAGAUGAAAAUGAAGAGAACCUAUCAAAUAUGGAUGAUAAUAAUAACAAUAUUGUUUCAAGGUUAGAUUUAGGAUCAGACAGUAGUAAUGAUAUGGACGAUGAACAAAAUGUUCGAAGGAUAAGAGAAAUUGAUGAAACGGAGGAGUAUGAUAACGAAGAUGAUGAUGAUGAAGACGACGAUGAUGAUGAUGAUGAAGAAGAUGAUGAUGAUGAAGACGACGAUGAUGAUGAAGACGACGAUGAUGAUGAAGAUGAUGAUGAGGAUGAUGAGGAUGAUGAGGAAGAGGAGGAAGAAGAGGAAGAAGAAGAUGAAGACGAAAUGGAUGCAGAUGACGAAGAAGAAGAAAUUGAUGAAAAUAAUAGCACAUAUAAUGUUAAUCAAAAUGAUGACAGUAGAAGAUCAAACACUAACAACAAUGGAGAUCUAAUGGAUACCGAAAUAAAUGUUAACAACUCUCUGUUAAAUUGUAAUGAAAACCAACAUGAAAUUUUGGAUAUUUUGUUAGAAGAAGAUGGUGCUUACAAUAACAAUGACGAUAUAGAUGAAUAUAACGAUGAUUAUAUAGAUGACGGUGAAAAUAAUAGGAACGGCAAUAAUGAUAUUGGUAACGGUGUUAUCAGCAAUGGUAUUAUAAGCAAUGGUCUUUUAGGGGACGUAAAUGCAAAUAAUACUGCAGGAAUCAACAGAAUUAAUGUUGUAAAUCCGGCGUAUAGUAACAAUAUACAGGGGAAUAAGAACAAAAAUGAAGGCAAUUAUGACGGUUGUGAUAAUAGGAGUGGUAAAGCACUUACAGGGGAAAGUAAAAUAGCAGAAAAUAAUAUAAGGAACCCAUCUAAUGAUAAUAUUGUUCGAUUUACAAAUAUGCCGCCCUAUUCAAAUUCCUCAUCAGAUCCUAAAAAAAAUAUAAACAUAUCAAAUAAUGCCAAUAUUUUAUUGAGUACUGGAAGGGUGACACAGAGCAAAAACGUUCGUAGCAAUUUUGAAAAUCAUAUUAAUGGUAAUAAAAAUGAUGGUAUUAACAACAAUGAUAAUAGUAUUAACAACGUUGAUAGUUGUAACAACAAUAAUGAUCAUGCCGGAAGUGGAUCGAGACGAAAUGCCUUAUAUAACCACUUGCAGAAUAAUAGUAGUCACAUGAAUGAAUAUAUGCCCACAGAUAGUAUUGCUUGCCAAGAAAAAAUUCUACUUGAUGAUAAUGAUUCUCUUAUUUUGCGCAAUAACAAUAAAACAAAUAAUUAUAAAUUUGAUGAAGAGAAUAACAAAGUUGCAGAAGGAAGUUAUGUCAAUAAAGAAGAAGCUAAGGAUACCAGACUAAACGAACGAGAAGAAGGUAACAUAAUAAAUAAUGAAAAUAUGAUUAACAAAAAUACAUAUGAUGGUGUAACAUCUCAGAAUGAUGAAAAUAAAACAAAUAUUUUAAAUGUUGAAAAUGUUAAAAAGAGUAAUGAAGCAGUUGUUUUAACAGAAGGCAUAGGAAUAAACACAUCAGAUGAUAUAUUAAAUCGCUCAGAUAUAAAUGAAAAUGACAUUAAUUUAAUUGAUUUGUAUUAUCAUUUCUAUAAUUCUAAUAACCGAGAUGUAAAUACCCUACUUGACGAAAAUAAUAGUUUACUGUAUUUAAAUGAGACGGGAAGGAUUCAUUCAGCGUCCAUGAAAAACACAAACUGCUUCAUAAAUGUAGGAAAUGAGAAUGAAAAUGGCUCAGACGUGAUUAACGGUAAUGCCUCCGAACAACGAUUGUUAUUGAGUGGUAACAAUAGCAGCGGUAAUAGUAGAAUUGGUAAUAGUGGAAGGAGUAAUAAUGGAAGGGGUGAUAAUGGAAUCGAUAAUAAUGAAAUCAGUAAUAGUGAAAUCAGUAAUAAUGUAAUGGGUAGUAGUUCAAUCGGUAAUAAUGGAAUCGGUAAUAAUGGAAUCGGUAAUAGUGGAAGGGGUAAUAAUGGAAGGGGUGAUAAUGGAAGGGGUGAUAAUGGAAUCGAUAAUAAUGAAAUCAGUAAUAAUGGAAGCGGUAUUAAUGGAAUGGGUAAUAGUGCAAUCGGUAACAGUACAAUCGGCAAUAGUGGAAUCAGUAACAGCGGAAGUAGUAGUCGUGGCAUAACAAAUCACAGGAGCAGUAACAAUAAUAUAAUAAGUUCUGCGCUUGUAAAUUACGCUACCCCGAGUUCAAAUAUACUCUCAUUAAUGAAUCAGCUUUGCUCAAAUUUGCUGACUCUAAACAGAAGAAGAAAUGAACGGAUAGGUAAUAUCUUGACGACAGCUAUACAUUUACCUGAUGGUGUAAGGAACAUUAACACGUUAACUAAUCACGAUGAUUUUAACAGAAGUACAAAUAUUACUAAUGAAAAUAUCACAUAUGAUAGCAACAGUCCAGCAAAUGAUAGCAGUCCUCACUAUUAUCAUAUUAAUUUUGAUAGAUCAAAUAAUACUAUGUCGCCUCAACAACUUUUCAACAGUUCAUCUAAUGUUAGAACUAAUUUAGCUAGCAGAAAUGUAAAUCACACUACUAAUAGUAACUUAAGAAAUUUGUAUAAUAAUAUUAGAAAUUAUAAUAUAAGUGAAAAUAAUAUUAACAGCUAUAGAAACUCUACUUUUUUCUCUCCCCCAUAUGUUAUAAGAAAUAAUAGAACGGAAUUAACCACAGAUGGUGGAAUGAGUAAUAACAACAAUGUUACUGAGGAUUCAAAUUAUGAAACCUAUGAAAGUAGUGGAUCAUUCUUAAGCAGAUUUCAAAAUGUGGCCUUGCUCACAGGCGGAGAAAGUGGAAAUGGAGGAGGCAACUGUAACAGCAGUGGAAAUAGUGGCAUAAAUAGUGGGGGAAACCGUAACGUAAACAAUGUCGAAAACAACAACUCUAGUGGCAGUGGAAUUGGCACAGGCAAUGGAGAUGCAACUAUUGAAGAGCGCAGUGAGGAUGUAAAUAACACUAACCAAAGAAACGUAAGUGAUAUGAAUGCAUGUAGAACUCUUGCAAAAAACAGAAAUGUCAUGACUGAAAAAAAAGAAAAUAUGAAUAAAAAGGAUAUGAGAAAUGAAGAAAAAUUUAACUUGAUAGAUUCCGUCCUAGAUAAUGACAAGAAGUUAAAGAGCAGUAUUUGUAAUAUGAUGUAUAGUAGGUUAUGCAAAACUAUUCCUAAGGUUCAUAUAAAUCUACCUAUUGAAAAUUUAUUACAAGAGAAAAAAAAAAUUAUGCAAACUAUGCAAAAGCAGAUGGAAGAAAAAAAUAUAAAUGAAAAUAAAAAGGACGUAGAAAAAAAUGAAAUGACCAAAAAUAACGAAGCAAAGAAGGAUGCAAAUGAAAAACAUGAAAUGAUAAUUAAAAAUGAGCAGCAUAUACAAGAAAAAACAAGCUCCAAAUUUAACGAAAUUGUCGAAGGAAGCAAAACAAAUAGAAGUAGCAAUUUGAAGGAUGAUGAUACAAUUGUGGGGACUACAAGUACAGGAAAUAAUCAAAUGGAAUAUUCCCAAACAAAUAUAAUCAACAAUACGAAUGUUGAAAAUUUAGAACAGAAUACAAAUGAGGUCAAUUUAUGUGAAAUGAAUGCUACUCAAAAUGGCACAAACAAUACUGAACAACAAAAUGUUGAAGAUAAUGAAGAUUAUAAAAAUAUAAAUUAUGAAGAAUUAUUUGAUAAUGUUUUGAAUAUUGAAUCUCUUCUUAUAAUUUGUUGUUCGUUAGGAAUAAAUGAGAGUCAAUUUUUCCAACUACUAAAUGUGGAUAGAUCAUUUCUUAUUGAACUUCCAAAUAAUCUAAUAGAUGAAAUUAUAAUUCAGCAUUUAAAAAAUAUCACCUUGGCUAGUAUAAAUGAAAAAGCUCAAGAAAAUAUAAGAAAUAACAAGAACAUAUCUAUAGACAUCUACAAGAAGUAUUUAAAAUAUGAAGAGUUUAAAAAAACGCAAUCAAAUGAUAUACCUACGCACAAUAAUAAUGAAGUGGAUGUAAACGCAAACCCAGUCACAAACCCAGUUACAAACGCACAAUCGGCAUUAAACUCUACCGAAAGCAAUAUUACGCCCCAUCAAGUAAACGAGACUUUUCCUAAUGUAAGUACCAGUCAGAUUCAUUCCCGUGAAGGAAGUACUUCCAAUCCAGAAAACGUAACAAGUAACGAGAUAAAUGGAGUAGUUGAACAGAGUGCAAAUAAUUCGGAGGUCUGCACCGUUGGAAACACAGCAAAUACUGCAAAUGAUGCAAAUGAUGCAAAUGAUGCAAAUGAUGCAAAUACUGCAAAUACUGCAAAUGAUGCAAAUACUGCAAAUACUGCAAAUGAUGCAAAUACUGCAAAUACUGCAAAUGAUGCAAUUACUGCAAAUACUGCAAAUGAUGCAAAUACUGCUAACGAAGGCGAAAACAAUGCACGUAUUUAUAACAGCAUAAAAAAAAGCUAUCUAGAAGCGUUACCCUCAAGCAUUAGAUCAGAGGUUAAAAAAAGAAUUAUAGGAAAUAAAAAUCAAAGAAAUGACACGCAAGAUGAAACCAAUAUUGCAUUUAUAGAUUCCUUAACACCUGAGCUAAGGAGAGAUGUGUUAUCCUCUGCAAGCUUAAGGUUCAUUAGAACUCUGACUGAAGAAAUGAUAGAAGAAGCAAGGAAUUUAAGAUUCGUUGUGUUGAACAACCGAUCGAACAUUUUAAGUACAAAUAGUAGGUCUAGACAGACAAACGUGCACAGCGCGAACAAUGUGAAUGGUGACAGCAUAAAUUUGAUUUCAAAUAUGAGGAAUAACAUUAACAGCAAUGGUAAUGACAAUAGUACCGCCACGAAUAAUAGCAGCACCAUCAACAGCACAGCUAAUGGUGUGGGGAAUGGCAAUGGGGACAACAGAGGGAACAGUGUAGGAAACAGUAUCAGUAGUAGCGUAGCACACAGCACGAGCAGAAAUGCAGAUAGCCAUAGCGUAUCCGGAAGAUUAAACAAUAUAAGAAGUGACCUUCAGGAGCGAAUAACAAACAGCGUGUUAAGAAAUGCUGCAUCGAGUUUAGGAAACAAUAUUACUAGUAACGGAAACAGCAAUAGUAACAACAAUAGUAACAACAAUAGUAACAGCAAUAGUAAUAGCAACAGCAACUUCAGUGGUGCAGUUUUGCUAAGUAACAAUAACAGAAGUACACGAAACAACAGAACGUUAUUCAGCACAAGUAGUAGAAACAGUAUGAAUAAUAGGCGUCGUUUAAAUAUGCCAUUGAGAAAUUCCUUUGGAAAUAUGCAUAGAAAUAACUUUAUUAGAAUAACAUAUAAUGAAAAUAACAACCCAAUUAUAAUGAUAAAUACAGGGCAUGAGAAUUAUGACAGUCUUACCGUUUCUCGCUUUCUUGAUCAUUUUUUGGGUGGUAGAUCAGGAGAUAGAACAAUCCCCAGUUUACCCCUCUCUGAGAGUAACAACAUGAAUAGUAAUUUUAGCACUUCUCCUAACCAUCUCAAUAAUACGAAUAGCAGUAGCAAUAAUAACAACAUCGGAAGCAAUAAUAAUAACAGUGGUAGUAACAUGGGUAGUAGUGCCAUCGGCAGCAACACUAAUAACGGAGGAAACAAUAGCAUUAACAGCAAUGUUAAUAUGGGCGUGAACAUGAACUUAGGUAUGAACAGUGGAGGUAAUAAUAGUAAUAAUAAUAAUAUGACUGAGACGAGAUUAUUUUUUGGUAACGAAAACAGAGUGAACAACAAUGUUGAUCCCAAUUAUCACGUAAUGAACGAUGACAAAUGUUUAGAAAAAGAAGAUGAUAUAUCCCUAAGUAAAUAUUUAAAAAGUUUAUUUCCUUCAAAUAAUAAUAAAGCAGACACAGAUAGCUCUAAAAAUUCCUCCUUGUAUGUAUGCUUAGAAGAACCAGUUCCUUCUCAAGCAUUAAUUGAUAUAUGCAGAUUGCUAUUUUUAAAAAAAGAAAUAAAUAAAAAAAUAAUGUUUACCUUAUUCUGCAAUUUAACUUGUUCCUAUCAAAAGACAAAAAUAUAUGCUCUUCAACUCUUUAUGAAUAUAUUAUGGUGUGCUUCUAUAGAUUUGCAUGGAAAAAAAAAUAAUCCAACUUUAGUAGCUUUAUAUGCAAUUAAUUUCCCUCCAAAAAUGUUAUAUCAUAAUGUAAAUAAAAAAAAUUAUGGAUUAUUUUCGGACAAUUAUUUUACAACAGCAUAUGUAUCAGCUGAAAGAGUUCUUGAACAAAUACAAUCAUUGCUUAUUACCAUUCCUCAUAUUACCUCCUUUUUUUGUACCUUGCUAAUUCACCCAGCAUAUUUCAUUCCAAAGGAUAUUGAGCAGAAGUUAAAAAAGAAGAAGGAAAAAAGUGAAGAAUCAAAGAAGAAUAAUAAAAGAGUAAGUGAUGAGGGGGAAAAGGGAAAAGAUUAUAGAGUGAUAGAACAAGAGGAACAUGAGGAACAAGACGAGCAAGUAGAAACGGGUGAAGCGGACAAGGAAGAGGAAAAACUCCACGACGAUGAAGCCGCCAUCUUACAGUACGAGUUGAAAAGGAAAAGGCCAAAAAUGGACCAAAGAUAUGUUGUUUGUUCGUCUAGUAAAAGCGCAAACGACGCUAAUAACAUUAGUAACGUUGGCAGCAUUGGUAACGUUGGUAACAGCAAUGACAGUAAUAAUAGCAGCAGAAAUAAUAACAGCGCCAAUAGUUGUUGUAGAAAGGUGGAUAGAUGCCGAAAUGAAUACCCCAUAAAUAUUUUGUUUAAGUUAUUAAAUUCGUCUUUGUAUUUAACUUCGAAAAAACUAAUGAGUCAUUUAUUAUCGGUCAUCUAUAAUCUUUUAAUUAACUGUGGGAAGAAAUUACAUACCUAUGCAAAUUUCACAAGGUGGGUGUAUGCGGAAAAUUUAGAAGAAAUUUUGAAUAGUGAGAUUAAUAAUGGUAAUAGUAAUGAUGACUUUAUGAUGAAAAAGAGUGAAGAAGGUAUCAACACAUCUUUACUAAAUAACAAGGGAUCCAGUGAUAAACGUGUUUCUACUACGAAAGAGAAGACUCCAAAACGUAACCACUGUAAUAGUAAUAACAUCAAUACUUCAAAUAACAGUAAUAGUGGUAGUAACAAUAAUAAUAAUAUUAAUAACAGUAGUAAUAAUAAUAAUAGUAGUAAUAGUAAUAGUAAUGACAAUACUAAUAGUAAUGACAAUACUAAUAGUAAUGACAAUACUAAUAGUAAUAAUAAUAGUAAUAAUAAUAAUAAUAAUAAUAGUAAUAGUAAUAAUAAUAAUAAUAGUAAUAGUAAUAGUAAUAGUAAUAGUAAUAGUAAUAGUAAUAGUAAUAGUAAUAGUAAUAGUAAUAGUAAUAGUAAUAGUAAUAGUAAUAGUAAUAGUAAUAAUAUAAUAAUAAUAGUAAUAGUAAUAGUAAUAGUAAUAAUAAUAAUAAUAAUAAUAAUUAAUAGUAAUAGUAAUAGUAAUAGUAAUAAUAACUUGAAAGAAUUUAACCAUUUGUCAUCAAAAAUUAAUAAAGAACUUUUAUUAAAUAUAAAAAAUAUAAAACAUAGUGAAAUGGAAAAACCAGAUUCUUCUUCCAAACCUUAUUAUUUGCUAGAAGUAAUAUCAAUAGAUGCAUUAAGUAAUUUAAGUAAACUCAUUUGUAACUAUAAAACGAACUUUUUAUGGAUUAGUAAUAACAAUAAUAAUAGUAACAACUCGAAUAAUAAUAAUUUAGAACAAGUACAUAAACAAGACAUAUCUUCACUAACACAAAUUAUUGUAAUGUUUUUUUCCCAUUAUAAACUGAAAGAUUUAGUUAUUCGAACGUUAAAAUAUCAUACACAUGUUUUAAUAAAGAGCAUUAUUUAUGAUUUAAAAAAAAUUGUAUACUCCAUUCAUAACAAAACCUUUAAUAUUUUUGCUGUUGAUCAUUCAGACAGUUUGGAACAAAAACUAAUAGCUUUCUAUAGGGUUAUUACUAUAUUAUUUAAUGCCCCAUCUCUGAUUGAUAACCUAACGAACAAAAAUGAUGCAAAUAAAAACACAAAUGUAGAAGAAAUUAAUAAAGACAUUGCUAAACAAAGCGGAAAUGGGGAUGUAGGUGUAGCUACUACAACGACUACUACUACAACUGCUGCUACUGUUACGGCUUCUACAACUACUACUACUUCUACGAUAUCGAACAUGCCAAAUGACGAAGCUAAUACUACAAAGAACGCUACUUCGAGUAUUCACGCAAGUAGCGGAACACCGAAUGGUAAAAGCGGAGAAGGAGCAUGCAAACAGAAGGCGGGAACGAAUGAGCAGUUCGCAGCUAGUGGUAAUAAUGGCAGCAGUGAUGCUAAAGGAAAAGGUUCCAUUUGCAACAACAGCGAAAAAAAGAACAAGAAGGGAAAUGAGGACACGAAAUUUGAUAUCUGUGCAGAUUUCUUUUUAUCAAUUAAUAUAGACUGCUUAUGGGAAGAAUUUAAUAAGGCAAUGCAAGUUAUCAACAAUUCAUUAAUUGAUAAGAAUUAUAAAUUUAAAUAUAACAAUUUUGCUAACUAUAGAACAUCUAGUGCAACUAAAGUUGAGGGGGAAUCCAACUUUCAGGCGGCUGAUAAUAAUGAUAAAGAAAAUAAAACUUCAGAAAAUGAUGAUAAUGAUAAUAAUAGUAAUAAUAAGAAUAAUAAGAAUAAUAGUAAUAACGAUUUGUAUGGGACUAAAUCAAAUGCUUCCUUGUUCGAUUCUGAUUCCUCUUCCUUUAGCACGUCUGAGCUCGACUUGGGUGUAAAUAAUAACAACCCACAGCACGACUUUCAAGGUAUAGGUGCACUAAAUGAAGCCGAAGGUGAAAACAAUAAUAAUGGAGGUAGUGGAAGCAAUAACAUAAGUAGCAGUAACAAUGUAAGAAGCAAUAACAACAUUAGUGGGGGUAACCGUAUCAGCAGAAGCACCAAUUAUCGAAGUAGAAAUGAUGGAGGACAUAAUGGUGAGGGAAAGAAAAAAGAAAACGAUGAUGAACCACCCCCAACUAUUUUAAAUUAUUUAUUGCCUUUAAUGGAAGCAUAUUUAUUUAUAGAAGAAGUUAUCUUAGUGUCUCAGUACAAACUAAGAAAAUUCAAAGACUUAGAAAAAAAAGUAGCAAACUUAAAUGUGGAGAGCAUAAAAAUUAACGAAAAACUAGCUUAUGACGACAGCCCAUUUUAUAUAAGUAUAUAUAACAAGAAGAAAAAAAAAUCAACAAAUGAAGUAGUCUAUAAUAGUUCGGACUCUUUUAAAACAAAAAAUGCAAAAUCGAGUAAUUCUAGUCUUUUGAAUAAAACAAAAAGGAAAAAGCAAUUAAGUGCUUUAGAAGAGGAAGAAGAAUAUCAGCAACAUAAAAAGAAGGAAAUAUGUAGCUCCAUUAUUGGCGUACCAAAAAUGGAAGAACAGGAUGAAACGCACAAAGGAGUAUAUGAAGAAAUACAUGAAGAACAAGUACACUAUGUGGAUGAACAAGAUAACAAGUUAGAAUACAAAAAAAAAGAACGAUCCCAAAAUUAUGAUAUAAUUACAGUAAAUAAUAAAGAUAGUAACCACGAGAAUUCAGCAGAAAAAACCCGAAGCUAUAUAAAUGAAGGAAAAUGUGUAGCAAUUAAUUUAAAAAAGAAGAAAACGGCUGAUAAUGAUGAAGCAAAUGGUAGUAAGGCAAAUAGUAGUACAGAAAAUAGUAGCAAAGAGAUGGGCAAAAAUAAAAGGGAAGAAAUGAAAUGCUUUGACGAUGAGGUAGGAAAAGAAGGAGGAGGAGUACAAGUAGAAAUAGGUAAAGAUAUACAAAAUAGCAAUAAAAAAGGUGCAAAAAAAAACACAGCAGAUUAUGUUAAUUCGUGCAAUGAAAAUGAACAACAAUGUAUGGUCACUAGUAGCAGUGGUAUUGGAAUUGGUAAUAAAAGUGAAAAUAAUGACAAUAGUAAUUAUAACGACAGGUACAGUACAGUAACUUGUAAGAAGGAUAUACAGCUGAAAUCGCCAGUAGAAGAAACAGGGAAACAAAAUAAUGAAUUCUUUAAUAACAUUGAAGAAGAGGAGGAAGAAGAGGAGUUUGAAAAUUUCAAGGAAAAACUACAUGAAGAAGAUGCAGAAGAAGAAGAGGAAGAUGAAUAUAUACAAAUAAAAUUAGAAGAUAAUGAAGGAACGAUAAAUAGUAGACAUAAGAAACUAAUAAAAUUUGUUUACAUAAAUAGAAGAGUUAUAAAUAGCUUGAUUAAACAAACUCCUAUAUUAUUACACCACAAUUUUAAGUCACUAAUUAAAUUAACAUCAUCAUGUAUUAAUUUUGAAAACAAAAGGCAUUAUUUGAGGAAAAAAUUAAAAUAUCUCAAGUCAGGUAUAAGAAGUGAACCAAUACGAUUAAACAUAAGAAGAGAAAAGGUAUUUACGGAUUCAUAUUACCAAUUAAGGAAUAAGUCAGGAAAUGAUUUAAAAGGAAAAUUAGUUGUUACUUUCAAAAAUGAAGAAGGAGUAGAUGCAGGUGGAUUAACUAGAGAAUGGUAUUCUAUAUUAGCAAAAGAAAUUUUUAAUCCUAAUUAUGCUUUAUUUUGUAGAGAGGGGAAAAAAAGUGAAUUUAAUCAUCCAAAUCCUUUAUCAUACAUUAAUCCUGAUCAUUUACAUUUUUUUAAAUUUGUUGGGAAAUUUAUAGCUAAAGCAAUUUAUGAUGGUCAGGUAAUUGAUGCAUAUUUUUGUAGAUCUUUUUAUAAACAUAUGCUUGGAAGAAAAAUUCUGAGAGCAGAUGCCGAAUCGGUAGAUCCAGAAUUUUAUAAUAGCCUUAUUAAAAUAUCAGAAUAUAAAUUAGAAGAUCUAAAUUUAGAAAUUAAUUUUAGCACCGAAAUUGAUGAAUUUGGAAAAACCAAAGUUAUCGACUUAAUACCUAAUGGUAGAAAUAUUGCAGUAACUGAUGAAAACAAACAAAAAUAUAUUGAACUAUUAUGUGAACUGAAAGUUACUAAUAGUAUAAAAGAACAGUUAGAAGCAUUUAUGGAUGGAUUUAAAGAAUUGAUUCAACCAAAACUAAUAUCUAUUUUUGAUGAUAAAGAAUUAGAAUUACUUAUUAGUGGUAUACCAACUAUAGAUUUAAAUGAUUUAAAAGAAAAUGUGGAAUAUCAUAAUUAUACUCCAAACUCAAUUCAAAUUAUUUGGUUAUGGGAUGUACUACAAGAAUUUGAUGAAAAUAAAAAAGCUUCCUUCUUACAGUUUGUUACUGGAACUAGUAGAGUACCUUUAGGAGGAUUUAAAAACCUAAUGGGAAUGAGAGGAGCUCAAAAAAUGAUUAUUUAUAGAGCCUACGGAGAGGAUCGACUUCCAACUGCUCAUACUUGCUUUAACCAGCUCGAUUUACCUGAGUAUUCGUCGAAAGAAUUGUUAAGAAGCAAAUUAAUUAGAGCUAUUAUGGAGGGAAAGGAAGGCUUCGGUUUUAUAUAG